GCCUUUUUGUCUUGUUGGACUACUCACCGCCCAAGGAAUGUGUUUUUGAAGUUUGGAACAGAAGCACAGUGUCUUCCUCUUCCUUAUUCUCUUCUUGCUUGUUUCUCUUCAUUUGUUUUGUUUUGAUUUCAUCAACUCAACAAUGGCUUCUUCACAAGAAGCAGAAGCAAUAGCACAACAAAUCUCUGAAGAAGAAGAAAAGGAGAAGGAAGACGAAGAGGAAGAGGAAGAGGGGAAAGAAGACUUGUUGUUAAUCGAACAUUCCAAUGUUUUUAAAGAAGCAGAAGCAAUAGCUCAACAAAUCUCUGAAGAAGAAGAAGAAGAAGAAGAAGAAGAAGAAGAAGAAGAAGAGGAAGAAGAAGAGGAGGAUGAAGAGGAGAAAGAAGUUGUUAACAAUGCUUCAAAGGCAAAAGCUCUUGAUGAAAUUGUUAGCUCUAAUCAGACAUCUCCAAGAGGAGUUCUUGAGGUUCCGGUCCCAAAUACGGACUCAGACAACAGCAGUAGUAGAAGCGACAGUUGCAGAGCUGAGACAGAACCAACCGAUAAACAACGUCCUCCAGCUUCAAAUGAACCAGUAUUGGUGGCCCAGGGGUUGCAAUGGAAGAGCUUGAUUACAGGGUUCUUGUUGAGGAGGAAGAGAGCUAUGAGAAGGCUAGCAACUUUCCCUUUCACAGAAGAGAAAUCAGACUUGAAACAAGAGUUGGUCAAAAUUAACUGCUCUGAGGAUCACAUGGAUUUGGAAGGACCACAACAACAUGCCAAAAGAGGGAGACCUUCAUGGAGGAAUUUUGAUUAUCAAGAACUUGUUCUUGCUACUAAUAAUUUCAAUCCAGAUAUGCUGAUCGGGAAGGGAGGACAUGCGGAAGUGUACAAGGGUUGUCUCAGUGAUGGGCAACUUGUAGCUGUGAAAAAGUUGACGAAAGGAAAAUCUGAGGAGGAGAGAACUGGAGAUUUUUUGACGGAACUUGGUAUUAUUGCUCACGUUGAUCACCCAAAUGCAGCACAACUGCUCGGAUUUAGUGUGGAUGAAGGCUUGCACCUUGUUCUUCAGUUCUCUCCACACGGCAGCCUGGCCACUGUUCUUCAUGGUUCGAAGGAGAAACUUGAGUGGGGAGUCAGAUUUAACAUAGCUCUCGGGGUAGCGAAAGGUUUGCUUUAUCUUCAUGAAGGUUGUCACCGGCGCAUAAUUCACAGAGAUAUAAAGGCUUCUAACAUUUUACUCACUGAAGAAUACCAACCACAGAUCUCUGAUUUCGGGCUCGCUAAAUGGCUUCCUGACAAAUUGCCUCAUCAUGUUGUAUACCCGAUCGAAGGCACAUUCGGAUAUAUGGCACCAGAGUAUUUCAUGCACGGCAUAGUCAAUGAGAAAACCGAUGUCUUUGCCUUUGGGGUGUUGCUACUUGAGCUAAUAACUGGAAGGCGAGCCGUGGAUUCUAGCCAACAGAAUCGACAGAGCCUUGUAAUGUGGGUUAAACCCUUGCUCACCGACGACAAAAUGCAAGAACUCAUUGACCCUGCUAUCGGCGAUGCAUACGAUUCUAGUGAAAUGAAACGAGCAGUGUCAGUGGCUUCUAUGUGCAUUCACCAUCAACCAACUGCCCGUCCUAAUAUGAGCAUGGUAGUUCGUUUAUUGAUCGGCAUAGACGUGUCUCUAGACCUCAUGGAUGAAGCAGCAAAGCCAUUUGCUCGGAGAUUGCCGAUAUUUGAUGCAUCGGACUUGGACGAUUAUACAUGUUCACGGUAUCUCAAAGAUCUCAAUCGGCACAAACAACUUGCUCUGGAGCAGUGAGAAGAGUUGCUGCUUAUGGACAUUGUAAAUAUUGGAGGAGGGAUCAUUUUAACAUCAUCUUCCUUUUUGUUGUUAGAAGCUUGGUUUUGCAUUUCUAGGACUCUUUUUUUUUUUUUAAAGAUUCCAGAUGGUUUUGUUUCAAUCUUUGUAGUGUUGGUUGAUCUUUGAACUUGAAUUGGGUUUUUAGAUCCUCUUCAUUUGGUAAUCAAUUGAAUUGAUAAUCAAUUGAAGGGACAAUGUUUUAUGGAAAGCUUUUGUUAAUUGAAA